AUGCCUCUUUUUCGGUCAAAAUCUCAGCGUAAUCUCACCAAGGAUGAUAGCACUUGGUCGCUGAAAAAUCUUGUUGACCGUGUACGAAAGAAGAAUAAUUCCAACCUCGACGAUCUCAUGAUCAUCGGUAUCGAUUUUGGAACCACAUACUCUGGUGCCGCAUGGGCCACUGUUGCCGACAUUGAAGUCGAUGGUGUCAAUGUUAUUACGAGUUGGCCGGACACUGGAGCCCAAGAAGGCAAAGCUCCGACUGAACUCUUCUAUGAACAUGGCAAGACUAUGUGGGGUUACGAAAUUCCCCAGGAAGCUGAUCCUGUACGAUGGUUCAAAUUGCUACUUUUGAAGGAUGAGGAUCAACCGUCAGAGAUCAAGGGCCAUGAGUACCUCGUAAAGGCUCGUAAUAUGCUGGCCGACGAAGGGAAGUCCACAGUGGAUGCUAUAGCUGACUAUCUUCACCUUCUAUGGGGCCAUGUGCUCAAGACUAUUAUCAAGGCACGCGGCAAGAAUGUUGUGGAAGCUCUCUGUUUCCAUGUUGUCAUCACUGUCCCUGCUAUCUGGAAGAACUACGCACGUGAUGCCAUGCUUGAAGCUGCCCAAAAGGCUGGCAUUACGGCUACUCGCCGCGCAGGGCCGACAACUAUCUCCUUCGCCCCGGAGCCCGAGGCAGCAGCUCUCGCCUCGAUAUGUGAGCGGGCAGAGAACCUCGCGGAAGGCGAUGUUUUUGUGAUUUGCGACGCUGGAGGAGGCACAGUGGAUCUCAUCAGUUACAAGGUUGAAAGCACAGACCCCGUUGCUCUUCAAGAGGCUGUUGUCGGUUCAGGCGGCCUGUGCGGCGGGAUAUUCAUUGAUCAAGAGUUCCAGCGCAUCUGCAAAGCAAGGCUCGGUCGUGACUGGAGUAGCCUCAGCCAGACAGGUAUCUCGGAUAUCAUGAAAGGCGAAUGGGAGAAUGGGAUCAAACGACAUUUCAAACCUGUCACGUCCUCCAAAGCGUUCAUUGUCAAGCUUCCCGGCGAAGUCUUCAGAGGGUCUGGGGGAAUUGGAUUGAAUGACAGUUCGAAGAAGCCGAUUAUAAAAGACGGCCGAAUUCAUUUUUCAAGCGAGGACAUUGAGCAGACCUUCACCAAAAGCUUUAACGAAAUUGCGGCUUUGCUGGAUGCACAGGUUCAUUCGGCAAAGAAAUCAAACCUAACAGUCAAGGGAAUUAUUUUAGUUGGAGGCCUUGGAUGUAGUCCCUACCUUCAAGACUACCUAAAGGCAAAAUACAAGAGGAAGAAAAUCGACGUCUUACAAACUGAUGGAAUGAAGCCACGGACAGCAAUUUGUCGAGGAGCAGUCUAUAAAGGCCUCAUCGGUGCACUCAAUCUACUUGAGCACAAGAGCCCCGUGACUAUCACUUCAACUCUCUCAAGGCUCAGUCUCGGUAUCGCAACCGAAGUGCCUUUCGAUGAAGAUGUUCACUCUGAAUCAGACAAAUAUUGGGACGAUGUAGAAGACUGCUACUACGUUAGUGGAGUUAUGAACUGGUACAUCAAAAAGAGCCAAAGCGUACAAAAGGAUAAACCACUAAGGAAGUCCUUUUGGUGGACUUUUGAGAGCCGACAUGAGUAUGAGAAGUUUGUCCACAAUGCCAAAGAAGUGAUCUUGCAGUGCGACCAUAAAAAGCCUCCUAAAAUGGAGAACUACUUGGUUACUAAGUUCUGUGAAAUUAAGAUAUCCUUGGCGAAGAGCUUUGAGCAACUGGAUGACUAUGACAGCCCAGGUGGGAAGCGGGUCAAGAAGAUCGACUUUGACAUUGAAAUGGUUCCGUCGGGGGCUUCGGUUGAGUUUUCUGUUUAUGAAGGUGACCGAAAGAUCGGAACGAGUGGUAUGGGCAGUAUCAUUGACGAUUGA